CGGAGAGGGCGUUCAAUUUGGGAGAUACGUUAUACUGCUGUGACCUUGAACAAGCUGAGCAGGCACGUGUCCAUUGUUUAUAAUAUGCGUGUCCCAGGCGUUUGUGCGUGUUUGGUGGGCGAUGGAAAGGAGGAAAUUUUAUACAGUCAUCUGAGGAAAGUAGGCCUAUUUGGUGCACCACUAAAGUGAUAAGGGAAUAAUCUUGUUGGUGGAGUGAGAAAAACCACACGUUGAAGACUCUUUGUAUUUUCAGUUUUAUUUCAACGAAUCAAUAUGUUUCGACCGUUAACCAAUAUAUCGUUACGAAGGAAAACACAAGUUACACCGCCUGGAAAUGAAACUUAUCUAGUGGAAAUCGAUGGACAGUCAAGGAGUAAUUCAAGAGGCGAGCCAUUGGUGGCAAUAGUAGGUACUGACAUGUCACUCAACCUCUUCUCACGAGACACAUUCUCAGCCUACAGAAAAUUUACAGGGCAUGAGAGAUCCAUCACCGGCGUUCGUUUCAGCCCACGCAAUCCAAACGUCUUAUACUCAUGUUCAAUGGACGGAACAAUACGAGGAUGGGACACCAGAAUCAAGAGCAAUAAAGCACAACAAAUCUUUACAGGCUAUGAGGGGAAUGUUUUCACAAGUUUUGAUGUAAAUUGUUCAGACUCUAUAAUCUGUGCAGGAACUGAGAAAAUUGGAGAAGAUGCUUACCUAAUGUUUUGGGAUUGUCGUUCAACAAAUAUCUUAGGAGCAUACAAGGAAUCACAUUCUGAUGAUAUAACUCGGUACGCUUGCGGAACUCUCUUCAAAUCUCUGCUCUGUAUUCCUCAGCAAAACAAUUUCUCCAUUAAACAGGUCAAAUUCCAUCCAACAAAAGCAAACAGCCUUGCAACGGGGUCAACGGAUGGUCUAGUUUGCGUUUUUGACAUUUGCGAAAAAAGCGAAGACGAUGCUCUUGUGACUACACUGAAUUCUGAAUCAUCAGUGAGUCACAUAGGUUGGUGUGGAACCAACAGCGAGUACUUGUAUUGUCUGACACACACGGAAACAUUACUCAUUUGGGAUGCAGUCGAGUCUAACAUCUUGACAAGAUUCGAUGAUGUACGUGAAUCCGUCUCUUCGGAUCAAUGUAGUAUUGACUAUUUAGUUGAUUGCUUCUAUCAUUCAUCGCUCAAGACUCUCAUUGUAUUGGCUGGUAAUCACAGUGGUGAACAGACACUUUUAACAAUAGGCAAAGAUAAGCUACAUCCAGUCCAUCGAUUGUCAGGGGGACACUCUGCUACUGUGCGAUGUCUGCAUUGGAAUGAUCAGACGGGAAGCCUUGUAACAGGUGGUGAGGAUGCUAUCAUAUCUUUAUGGCAACAGCAAGAUAAUAUUCGGGAGAAUCCGAAAAAGAAACUGAUGGAAGAGAGAAAAGUGGAGAAGUCAAAUGCAGCGAAUUCAGUCAGACGAUCUGAGAAGAGGGGAUCACCACUAAAGGAACCAUUUGAGAAGACCACAAAACGGCUACAGCGAUUGACAUUACAGCAAGAUGGAAACCCCUAUGCAAAAUGAAGUUGAUUCUACAAGAUAUGGGAAAACAGAAUGGCUACGAUGGUGCCGUUUUAUGGAUGAUCAAGAACCCGGCACAGGUUCUGCUGUUUUCCUAUCCAAAUAAAGCUUUUUGCAAUAUUUUUUUUAGGAUAAGCUUUUGGAUUGACAAAUUAAUUUGUAAAUAACGACAUGUAAUUGUUAUCUGUAUGCAAAUUUUUGACUUUUGAACUUCCAUGUCAAUUUGAGCUUUAUGAAUAUGCAAAAGAGUUGUCAAUACUUUUUUGCUUAAAAGGUGAACACAAAAACUGUAUAUACUGUGAAAGGAAAAGAUCAUGGCACAUUAUGCUUUUUGCAGAAUGAUUUUAAUCAAAUUUGUAUUAUAGUUAUUACAAAAUUCAUUGCUUGAAAUACUAAUUAAUUUUUACUAAGUAAUGUUUGUGAUGGUUUAUGCAUAAUACUCACCCACUCAUGUCAAAUAGGAAACACAUAAUAUAUUUGGUUUAUAUUCUUGUUGUAUAAACACACUUUGUUUAUGACAUGCAUGUAUCUAAAACUUCAGUACUCGCAUGUGUUGUUAAAAGCAUAUCCUUUUGUAUAUAAAAAUAACUAUGUUAGCAUUAAGAAUAAGAGUGACAAUGUUAUUAUAUUAUCUACAUUUUAUAGGUUAUGUGGGUGAGUAUUUAUUCUUAACAUUUUAACAUGAAUAUGGUGACAACUAACUCACUUAAUAAUAAUAUUACUCUCUGUGUUUCCAUAAACCUAUGGAAAAAUAAUGGAAUUAUCAUUGUUACAGAUACAUUAUCACAAGCACAAGUUUGCACUAUCAGUAUUUCUGGAAAAUACUGAAAUUCUACCAUGUCAAGUAAUUUACUAUAGUUCUUCUGGUAUAACCCUGCCUUGAACACAAAAUUGGGCCAUUUUGGUGGUGGUUUUAAACCUCCUCUUCAAUCAAAAGGCAAUUUUUUUAGCACUACAUGCCUAAUUCAAAGCUGAUAUUUGAUUUAUUUUUUUAAGUAUUUGUAAAAGUCAGCUAAGUUUCCGCACUACAAGUAUAACUUAAUAUUAUUAACCUAUUAUUUUACCUAUACCCUUGGAUUUUGCCCGAGGAAAGGCAUGUACAUAAAAUUGGAGGUAAUUUAGGGGGUGGGCAGCGGGGCUUAUACCCAAGGAACUAUUGUAUUAAGUAAAACACUAGCUAAGUUAUCAUGACCUUUCAUUUUACAGAAAUAUGCUAAAAAACACCUUUGAAAACAAGUUUGUUAUCUUUAUUUAACUUGAAUUUUGAACAAGAAACUGUUUUCCUUGUCAACUAACGAAGGUAAUGUAAUUUUUUGUAUUCCUAACACAAUAAUUCUUUAUCAGUGAUGUUGAUUAAUAUAGCGUGUCAUGCUGGACAUUCUAUGUGCUUUUACUUAAACUCGAAAAAAGGGAAUGUAACAGAAAGAUGAGACACUAUCUAAAACAUGGGUUUAGGAUACAAGUAUUUUUGGUAUGAAACCAGGCAUAACCCACUAAAUCUUUAGACUUGUUUCCAGUUGGGUCCUUCACAUAGUAAGCCGUACACCAGAAGGCAAAUAAUCUUCUGUGCAUUUGUGAAGAGUAUACUUUAUUUUUUAGCAUGCACACAGCCCAUUGCACCCAGGAACAGUGACCUCAACAUCUCAUCUGCUGGAGUGGGCUGAGUAAACCUGCUUAAGCUGGUUUUCCACUAGGCGCAUUUAUUUGUGCGAAUCAAAUGCGCAUUCACAUUUCUGUCGGAGUUUCGCUUCAACGAAAUCGGUAGUUCCAACAGUUUCUACUUUUUGCGAAGCGAAAAAAAAUGCGCAGCCAAUCAGAGCUCAGGAAGCGAACCAACGCUUUCGAUUCGCACGGAUAAAUUCGCCUAGUGGAAAACAGCCUUGAAGGUUAAAGAGCAGCUUAGCUCAGUUGGAUCAACUAUUGGUAGCCACUGUGUGGUCCCAAAUUCCCAUCACAGCUGUCCGUGUAUUUCAGCUGGAGGGCUGAAAUGCGAGUUGCGAUAGUGCACCAUCUUUCUGAUGAUACGUUUUAACUGUAGGUCCCAUGUGCAUUAUGGCCCAUGUGCACAUUAAAAAACACAGUACAUUCUUUGGAAAUGAGUAGGGGAUUAUACCCUGGUGGACUGCCCAAUCAUUACCAAAAGGACCCCACUGGAAAUAAGUCUUCUUCAGACUUUCAUGGGUUAUCUUUGGUGUUUAGACCAAAUAAAUCCAUCCAACCAUAGAGUGGAGGUGGGGACUGAAACCAACACGUGACUGAUACCGUUGGGGUUGAAAUAGGUGUCUAGCUGCAAGUACCAACUUGCAAAAGCUGGACGAAUGAAAUUUAUUCAUUUUUUAACUCGUUCAUAACGUCACAUAAUGAAUUUUAUCUGUAAAUGAUUUUCUAAUUCUGAUUUUCUUCCUCCUGUGAUUGGCUGAGAUGCAGUGCAUCAUAUUAUAUAGCCAUAUUCACUUUUAUCGGUCAGUAGGUUGAAUGUACAUUCUAAUACAUUGUGUAUUACAAUAAUUAAGAUUAAUAUUUAUACAUAAUUAUAAUUAAGUAUAAGUACCAUCUUAUUCAUUAUUAUCGAAAUUAAUAAAUGUUAAACAAUUAUGAUCGAAAUACAUGUAAAACUAUUAUACAAACUUAGUUCUGAUAUUUGCCAGAAGAUUAGAGUAAAUUACGUGCAUUGUGUGAUACAAGUAUUGUAGAGUAGGUGAUGAAUUUAAUUGUUUUAAGUUGGUUUCCCUUAAGUAUUCACAGUGAGGCUUUCUGUCACUAAAUUAAUAGUAGUGAAUUAUCAUUUCAUCCAUGCUGCAAAUUUUAUAUUAAUAGACUAGAAUAUUAUUCCAACACAAAAGUGGUAAUAUGAAUGUUAAGCCAGACACUUACCGUUUUGUACGAGGUCGUACAACCAUCGGCCAACGAAUCCAACUCCCGUUUCAGCGUUAAGGCCAACUUAAACUCUGUUGUACAACUCAACCUGACGCGAUUUGUUGUUGUGUUGGGUCUCUGAGUUAAACGCAGACGCGACGGUUUGCGUUGAAGACAGCUGCGUCAUAGAAUAUUAAUAUUUAAUAUUUCUCACGACAGCCCCCGACUGUCCCCGACGAUGAAUCACGUCGGGCUGCUUCGUACGACACUGUCUGAGUUGGCAUUAAGACAACGAGACGCUGUCUACUGAUUGCCGGUGUCAAUCUGAAUGGAUCAACAUUGAAAACGAUCUUUUGCACGCACAUCGUGGCGUUGCAUUCUCCAUAGAACCGCGUUGGCCGGCGACCAUCAGAUUCAGUGGGUGCUCAGCUUUAUGGAUUUCCCAACAUGGUUUACUGCCUGUCAUUGUAAAUAGUAGAUAUAUACUUGCCACAAGUCCUUUAUUAUUUUUUCUCAUUCUGGACAACACCCACAAGUAAAUUAAUUUAGAGAUGGAAUCGAAAAAAAAAAGAAGUAAGUAAUCAAGUAUUGGACGUUAAUUAAAUUUGGUAGGACGCGCACUAAGCACAAUACAUAGUGAAUAACCCAAAUUUAUGGCCUGGAACCCAGGCUGUUAUGCGCCGCACCAAACAUGGUUUUUUUCGUUAAGCUCCGCAUUCAAGUAAGUGCUUAAUCAAGAGCAUGUUGAGAAGCAGGAUUUUAAAUACAAUGUAUACAGUGCUUCAUAAACGUUUGUUUACGAUGACUUAGGACCUAUGUGAAUACGUGAAAUAGGUAACAUGGGAACGGGCAUGCAAACCGCCAUGCAAAUGUUUUUUAUAAGCCCCACUCUCGAAUAAGCGCCGCUCUCAAAUAAGCACCUUACUCAGUGGCAUAGCAGGCGGGGGCAGGGGAAGCAGACUGCCCCGACGGACGGUUUUUACCAGGCUAAACUAGCCGUCGUACCGGGCUGGGUAAUAAGAGAAAAGAAAGAGGGGAGAGGGAGGGAAAGAGAAAGAAGAGGAAGAGAAAGGAAAGGAAAAAGGAAAAGAAAAAGAGGAGAGAAAAAUAAAGACAAGAAUAAAAAGGAAGAUAUCAUAAUGACCAGACUCACAACACCCUGCAACCUCUUCUUCCACUUAACUCCUUUGAUCUAAGCUGCCAGAUAGCGUAGGCUAACCACCGGGGAACAAGGGGAAAUAUCUAUCUUUGGAAAAUCUUUCCCACCCCUUUAUAAAUGCCCUUUUCAUCCCCUGAAAGUGCCUAAAAAUCUCAAAUUUCACGCGCUUCGUGCGCAUUUCUUGUCAGAGCUGGCCAAUUUCCUCUAAAAAUUGCACAUUUUAGGGAUUUUGUAUCAAUUCUGACGAAAUUAGAAUUAACACCAGGGGACAAGGGGAAAAUAUCCAUCUUUGGAAAAUCUUUCCCCACCCCUUGAUAA